AAACAUAAAACUAAAUGACGACACAUUUAAAAUGUAUAUAGAAUAGUUGUUGAAAUUUCUCAACCGUUUUGUAUGUAGUACAAAAAAAUAAUUGUUAGGAUUAAAUUGGAGCUUCACACUGUUACCAUGGUAACAGAUGCAGCUAGCUUGCUAGCGUUGUAAACACGGCUUCUCUAUGUGUCUUACUCGAUAACGAGCAUCAUUUGUAAUCCUUUCGUGUUUUAUUUUUCGUUUGAAAUCCAAAAAUAGACGACCCAUACUGAAACGACAAUGUAGGAUUUAUUUUUAAAGGAUGGACGAGACACGCAAGGUGAUCAGAACCUGAAGCUCAGGUAAAUGACAGUCUGCUGAUGGAGAUGUGCCGUCACAGACCAUGAAGAAGAUAUUCAACCUCAAGAAGAAGAAGGGCUCCCCAAGCCCCUCCGAGACGGGGAGCGUGCUGUCGGCCAGCUACGAUGUGAAGGAGAAAGACCUCGGGAAGGUCCAUAAUGCUGCACUCAGCGGAGAUGUGGUCAAACUCAGACAGCUGGCCAAAAAGAAUGAUUUAAACCAGUUGGAUAAGGAAAACAGGACUGCACUGCACAUCGCUUGUGCAUGCGAACACACAGAUGUGGUUCACUUCUUAGUGGAGAACAAAGAGAAGCUGAACUUAUGCGACAAUCAGAACCGCUCCGCCUUAAUGAAGGCGGUUCAGUGUGAACAAGACCGCUCCAUCUCUUUGCUCUUGGAACAUGAGGCUGACCCCAGCCUGGUGGACAUCAGUGGAAACACAGCACUGCACCUGGCCACCCGAAUCCCCUCCCUUUCUGUGGUGCUGCAGCUCCUGGAACACUCCGCCAACAUCAACGCACCGAACAAGGAUGGCAACACUCCACUGAUGCUGGCUGUAAUGGAAAACCAUACAGACAUGACUGAGCUUUUACUGAAAGAGGGAGCGGAUGUUAAUGUCAAGAACCAGGAGCCACGGUCUGCGUUGAUCGCUGCGUGCAAGGGACAGAUCAGUAUGGUGCGUUUGCUUCUGCAGUACGAUGCUGACAUCACAGUGAAAGAUGAUAAGGGAUGGUCUUCUGAUGAUUAUGAUGUCAUGAAUGGACACCACGCAUGUUCACAUCUGAUCAUUGAGCAUGGGACGAAGAGAAGAUCCCUACAGUCAUCUUCCUAUUUCACUGGCAGCAAAAAGAAACAGACGUCUGUUCUCGGAAGCAGCUUCGCAGGAGCAGGGAAAGAUACAGAAGAAAAUACUCACACAGACUCCAUUAGCAGCAUGAAAUUGUUCAUUUGCAGGGUAUCAAAAAGUGGUGACGCUGAUUCCUGGCCUUCAUCAGAUGAUGACUACGAGUUAGAUUUGAGCCAAAAGAAACAGAAGGUAAACUAGAAGAAACUCAUAAGCACCUCAAAAACAGAAAAUGUAGGAGGGACAGGAGAGCUGGAAGGAGGAACUGCCCGCAUGUCUCAGGAAGUGAACGUGAGUCUGGAGUCGCCGGACCCCGUGAGCAGAGCAACUCAGCAGUACCUGGAGGUGCUGAAGAAGAACUACAUGAUCUGACCCACGGUCAGUCCACACACUGUAAACACAAUCAACUCCAGCACCUCAUCACUGACCCACAGACACACUCAGCCACCCAAAAAACCUACAGAUUGAGAAAACUAGAGUGUUUACUAAAGCUAAAGCAGUUAUGGUGCCUUCUUAUGGACACUGAAGAAAUAGUUCAUCCAAAAAUAAAAAAAAUUGCUGGCCAACUAAAAAUGAGUUUAUUUCUUCAUGGGAACAUAUUUGGAGAAAUGUAGCAUUACUUGCUCACCAAUGGAUCCUCUACAGUGAAUGGGUGCCGUGAGAAUGAGAGUCCAAACAGCUGAUAAAAACAUCACAGUAACCCACACCACUCCAGUUCAUCAGUUAACGUCUUCUGGAUUAUAUGUUUUUAUCAGCUGUUGGGACGCUCGUUCUGACGGCACCCAUUCACUACAGAGGAUCCAUUAGUGAGCAAGUGAUGGAAUGCUAAAUACAUCUUUCAUUAUUUAAAUGGAGUAUAUUUUAAUUUGAAAAUUAAAUUUUCAUUUUGGAUGAACUAUUCUAAGUCUAUCUGAACAUUUUCUUUAGAGUUAGGGCUCAUUUAACGAAGAAUAAUAUAUUCUUACUUAUAAAAUCCUGGGCACCAGACUGAUUCCUGCUGGUCAGGAACCAACGUCGCCAUUUUAUUUAUUUUAUUUUUUUUGGUCAAAAUGAGUGAAAAAAACUGUGUAGAGACUGAAGUGAUGCCGCCUGUCUGGACUUGUGUUAUUAGUCCAGUCCACCAAAAGGGCCAAAGUUUCAACACUACAAUCAGUUUGUGAUCUUUAAUCGAGUGUGACAAUGCUCUUUUGUGCCUCAGGAGCAAGGGAACUGUGUGUUUAUGUCCUUCUGUUGUUGUCUAAGCCAUACGAGCGUCACUGAGGUUUGAAGGUACACGUGAACUGCAGCUUUCAGUGUUGUCUUUUGUUUCUAUCAUAUGUGGGAUUUUAGUUGAUUAUGUAUAUAUAUUUUGACUGUUUUUGAGCUUGAGGCAUAUUAAAAAAAAGUGUGACAUUUGCACCGUUAAUAUUAUUGCCAAGUAAUGACAAUGGUACAUUCUGUUAUCGUGCAAUAUAUACACAACUUAUUUUAAUUUCAAAUAACCAAACACUCAUUUGGAGAUGUAAUUUUUUUAAAAUUAAUGCGAUACUUGAAUGAGACAAAACUAGAUAAGAGUAUGUGACAGUGUCACCGCUUCGCUGUGCUCAGGAUCAGUAUUUUUGUGUGUAUGAUUGGAUCUCACCACGUCAUAUUUUAGAUGUUGCUUAAAUUAUAUUUAACAUUUUUUGCAUGAUAUGUUCUUAACUGUUGAGCACAUUUCGCCCCCCAAAUUCACAUUACUGUAAUUAAAGUGUGUGUGUGUGUGUGUAUAUAUAUAUAUAUAUAUAUAUAUAUACACGCAUACUUGUUUAUAAAAAUAUAUAUAGAAACAAAUAUAUAAAUAACAUUAAAUUUGCUUUAUUAUAAAUUGUACAAAAAAUGCUUACGCUUAAUUUGUUAAAUGUCAAUAAAACAACUGUUUUUAUAACCAAA